GAGAGAGCAGCUGAUGGACUCCCAACAAACACGCUUUAUACAAGAGCGUGUUCACUCGGUUGCCAUGUGGCGGAGGGAUGAGCUGAGCAUUCUUCGUUCCCUAAGGAUCUUUGCUCUUUCCACAUGGCCAGCUUCCAGGAGGCAGGUGCAAGCUCGGCAAACUCCAGCUACUCGCCAAUGCACCUUAGAGGGGAGUCCUGCUAAAUGCUACCUACAGCUGCAGGACACCGGCUAGCUUCAGUUCGAUUUUCUACUUGCUAGGGCCACUUAAAGGGCAUCUUAGGGGCGCUCACAUUCUCUAUGGUGAAGAUGAGCGUAGACUCCGUGAAGGUGAAGGAGCUCCAAAUUUGCGCUUCUUCCAAUGGAAAUGAGAGACAAUCCUGGGAGGAGAAGGAGGAGGUCCAAGAAAAGCACCUGGGCCUCACCGCCAAACCAAAACAGAAGCUGACAGUGAGACGAGCCCGCAAGGUAGAAGGCGCCGUGUUCUUUCCCAAGCCCGAGAACGCAGUGACGAUCGCCGUUUCUACGCGGGUUCUGUUCCGCACCGAGCGGGAAGAGAAAGUGUUCGAGCAGCACGGCGUGGAGGAAUAUCUGAGAUACCAAAUCGAACACGAGAACGAACCCUUCGCCCCUGGACCCGCUUUCCCCUUAGUCAAGGCUCUGGAAGCGGUAAAUGCUCGUCUGCGCGAGUUGUAUCCUCAAAGCGAAGAGCUGUUCGACAUCGUGCUGGUGACGUACAACCACGCGCACGUCGGGAUCCGCCUCAUCAACACCAUCAACCAUCACAAUCUGUUCAUAGAGCGGUUUUGCAUGACGGGGGGGAGCAGUCCAAUCGGAUACCUCAAGGCUUGGCACACUAACCUCUACCUGUCGGCCGACGCAGACAAGGUCAGGGAGGCGCUAGCUGAAGGUAUCGCCGCAGCGACCAUGUUCACGCCAGAGAAGCGGACGGAGGUGUCGGAGUCCCAGCUGAGGGUGGCGUUUGACGGCGAUGCCGUUCUCUUCUCCGAUGAGUCCGAGCGCAUUUUCAAGGCCCACGGGCUGGACAAGUUCUUCGAACACGAGCGCGAAAAUGAGGACACUCUGUUGGAUCAUGGUCCGCUAAAAGGUUUCCUGGAGGCCCUUGGGAAGCUCCAGAAGAAGUUUUACGCGAAAGGCCAGCGCCUGGACUGCCCGAUCCGGACCUACUUAGUGACGGCCCGAAGCGCGGCCAGCUCCGGCAUCCGAGCCCUGAAGACCCUCAGAGCCUGGGGGCUGGAAAUCGACGAGGCCUUGUUCCUGGCGGGGGCGCCCAAGGGCCCCAUGCUGGAGAAGAUCAGACCUCACAUCUACUUCGACGACCAGAUGUUUCAUGUGGAGGGCGCGGCCGAAAUGGGCACCAUCGCCGCUCACGUGCCUUACGGCAUCGCCCAGAAACAUGCCGUGCAAAACUCUGGUGUGGGGAAGUAGAAGAGAAGUGGAAAUGAACUUUAUACAUUAAAGUCUGUUCCAAUCCUCUUUUAACUUAGAAAACGGUCUUAUCCAACAGCCAUUUUCUGCUGCUUUCAAGCCAACGACAACUGCAGCAGAAAGUCAAUUCCAAGUAUCAGGGAAUACUUGGAGAUACGAAAUGAUGCUCAAAUCACCGUGAAUUAAAUAUGCCAUCAGUACAAUAUGGAGAUAUGAGAAGGUCAAAAUGUAUGAUGCACUUCAAUGCAAUCAGUGGAACCUCCAAAGUCAAACAGUUCUGCGAUGCUGGUUGACUUCUAACUUUUUUUUAAGAACCUAUUUCCUGUUAGAAAAAAAAAAAAACUAGCUCCUGUUUUUGUGCUCAGAACAAAGCAAUAAAUAUAUUUCUUUAAACUUCCAUCCAUUUUCUAUGCAACGAGUGUUGCUUUGGCAUCAUCAAAUACCAUCUUGGUGUCAAGGAAGUACUUUGAAGUGAGUUUAGGAGUUACAUUUAGACAUAAGUAGUGCUUUGCUGUUCAUGUUCUGGCAUCUAUAAACAUUUCCAAACCUUUUUAGUGGGGGUGUCAAUUACUCGUGGAUUUUCGCUAUUCGUGAUAAGCCUCAGUCUCAACUGAAAUGAAAUGAAACUACCGCUACUCAUCCCUCAAAGACACCUGACAGACAACAAUGGAGAGGGAACAGGCAGAAUGAUACCUAGUGGUUUUUAGAGGUACUGCUGAAAUUAAGAAGUGGCACGUAGUGUACGUACGGUAAGCGUAUUUGAAUUAGCAUCUGCUUAGAAUGUGAACAUGAUUGAUAUUUAAUUGUACUGAGCAGCCAGCAAACUUUCCUAUCCUAUAAGUACAUGGUUCUGUAGGUAUCAUUACAUGGUUCCUCUUUGCCAGCACUGGUAUUAGAAAAGCAAAACACAAUUUAGGUGCCCACUGAGGUGUCUUUUGACUUUUGAGGCACAUUUUUUCCCCAGAAAUGUUGUCUUGAGUUUUAAAUUGUACCAAUUUUAGGAGAGUUGACUUUGGAUGUUCCACUGUAUACUACUAGAUGUAUUACAUGUUAUUGAACAGUGCGAAGGCUCCAGCACGCCCGCGACCCUAGUGAGGAGAAGCGGCUCAGAAAAUGGAUGGAUGGAUGGAUGAACAGUGCGAAUACAGCUUUUCACAGUUGGUGCCUUUGAGUCAAUGAAUGCACCGUUUGCAGCGAUAGCUAGCGUAACACGCUUUGGCCCUAAAACGUACAACAAGAGCCCUAAUGGGACUUCUCCCUUUCAUUUGGAGCAUGACAGGUUCAAAUAUAAUGAUGCUCACAUCCUUGAAUAGAGUUACACUACAAAUCACACUCUUUUAUUACCUCCAUCAGGGUUGUAUGACAGUUUGUUGCGAACCGCACCGCAGUUACAUUUUAAGAUGACAGCCUAAUGCCGUCUUUCGUCUUUUUCCCUCUUCUUCUUCUUCUUCUUCUUCUUACUUUCCAGUAGCUGGGACCCCCUGUAGCAAUACAGACGUCCUCUCAUAGGUCCAUUUUGGUACUACCACAUACAUCUGGUUUGGGAGAGGAGACUACCAAUUCCUGGUGGAAAUGUGGUAGUGUGUGGUGUUCUUGAGUACACCACACACGAUAAGAGCAGUAAGCACACCAUUUUUUUUCAUGUGUUUAAAAACCGGUCAAGUUGUUAAAAAUCAGUGUAUAUAUGUACCCGGCUUGAAAUUUAUGCUUUCAAGCUCAAGUUAUUUGGAAGAAUCAAGGGUAAAAACGAAUUGUAUGGUAUAUUUAAAAUCCAUUUGCAAAAACGAGGUAAUGUAUAUU